AUGCUACUGUUGUAUAGAAUAAGAAUAAGGAAUAUUAAAAAUAAGUCAUUUAUUCGACUUUAUUCUAUACCCAAGGAAACACCAGAAACAUUAUCACAGAAAGAAUUGAGAGAAAAAGCCAUUGCUGAUGCUUUAGCUAAAGAAGAAGAACAAAUUUAUAAAACUAAACAAUUACGUGAAUUAACUAAUGAAAUAACUAGUAAAAUCGACACUUUAAAUCAAACUCCUUUGAGUUUGAUGAAGAGUCGAUUAUUACUGUUAAAUGACCAAAUCUCAAAAUUAAAUCAAGAUAAAGUGAAACAAUUGGAUGACGAAUUAAAAGAUUAUAUUAUUAAAAAUUUAAGCUUACCGUCAAAUAUAAUAGAGAAAAGAUCUUUUCUUGAAGAAGAAUCAAAAUCAACUGAAAAUAAAGAAACUAAUUCUUCUUCAUUUUCAAAAAAUCAGUUGGAAUUUCCAAAUUUAAAACCAACUCCAGAUUAUAAAGAAUAUUCUCAACAAGAGUUAUUUGUAAGACAAAUGAAUAAUGCAAGAAUUAAUGGAAAUUUAGGUUCAACUAUAAAAGAUGUAUACAAUCCUAAAAAGAAUAUAAAUCAACCACCAAUUUCCAAAUCAUUAACAAUUGCAAAUUUAAUGGCUGCUGGUUGUCAUUUAGGUAAUUCAACACAAAAUUUUAGACCAAGUAAUCAACCUUUUAUAUAUGGUGUAUAUGAUGGUUUACAUAUUAUAGAUUUAAAUCAAACCAUUGAAAAAUUGAAAUUGGCAAGUAAUGUAAUUGAAGGUAUAUCUGAAAAAGGUGGUAUUAUAUUAUAUGUUGCUACUCAUAAAAAUUGGUCAAUUAAAAAAGGUUUAAUAAAUGCUUCAAAAAGAUCAAAAGGUUAUUAUGUUUCUAAAAAAUGGAUUCCUGGUACUAUAACAAAUUAUAAAGAAUUUUCAAAACAAAUUAAAGAUGGCAGAAUUAAAAUUGAUAUGGAAAAUAAUCAAAUUGAUACUGUAAAUCAAGAAACAAAAUCAAUUUUACCAGAUUUGGUUGUAUUAUUAAAUCCUGUAGAUAAUAAAGUCUGUAUUAAGGAAUGUUUGAGUAGAAACAUUCCAACUAUUGCAUUAUGUGAUACUGAUAUGGAACCAAGUUUAAUUACAUAUCCAAUUCCAUGUAAUGAUGAUUCAGAAAGAUCAAUUAACUUAAUGUUGGGUGUUUUAUCAAAAUCAGCAGAAAUUGGUUUAAAUAAAAGAUUAGAUGCUAUAAAGACAUUAAAAGAAAAACAAUUGUAA